AUGGCGCCCUCCACUCAGAGUGAGCUGGUGCUUGUUCCGCCAACUAAUGGCCUAUACUACACGGGGGAUGAUAGGGUAUCUGGGACCUUCCAUUUGAAGCUUGCUAAGUCCGUACCCAUAAAGAAGAUCGUGGUGCAUCUGAAGGGCUUUGCUGAGACGCAGACUAAGAUGAAUUCUGACUACAUGAUGUCGCAGAACGGGAUGAUGAUGCCAGUGCAGGAUAACAAGUCGUACCAUCGGCUUUUGGAUCUGGAAAGGAGAGUGUUCCCGCCGGACAACGUGUGGGAUGCACUAGAGGGGAGUUCGAAGCCCUUCAAAGUAAACCCAGGUUCGUACAAUUACGAUUUCGAGUUUGAGCAACUGAAGGGUAAACGUCCCAGAUGCUUGAAGAACCACUUGAAGAACACGAUAUGUUUCUUGAAGAGGAAGGAUAUCAAGUUGCCACCAACUUUCAACAUGCAUUGGCAGGAGCUGAACAAGAUCGAUAACCUUGACCUAUAUUUUUACUCCUUUGGGAAGGUCAUUUACAUGGUCGAGGUCGAAGUCGAGAUGGGCAAAGCGAUGAAUUGGUUCAAACCGUUCGAUAAAGUGCUGCGGGAGCACCAACUGGUGGACUACAUACCGAACCCGAAGGACUUGACGUACCCAGACUAUGAGAACGACGAGGUUGAGGAGGCUCUGCGGAUGAAUGCUUUAGCGAACUUGACCAUGCCAACUUUUUCUAAGGCCAAGACUUUCCUACCGGAGGACGACGCCCUACCCAAUGUGAAAACGUCGGGCAAUCCGCUGGCUGCUAUACACAACGAUCACAAUGCCACUAGGAUGCUAAAUAAUGUGGUGACGGCGGCCCCCACCGUGUCGAGAUCGCCGACCCCACUGGCGGAAUUGUCCGGUUCCACGGCUGCGGGUCCCUCUGGUACAUUAGCUGGAGCAUCAGCUAAUGUACCCGCAGGAGAGGCAACACCCUCGUACGCAUCUGUGGUGGGAAGUCCCGUCACGAGUACGGGCAGUGCUGGCAUUGGCGGAUCGCUCCCUCCCCCGGCAGCACCACUGACCAGAGCACUGCAUAUUAUCGCUCGACGUAUCGGAUCGGGCGUCCCAACGGCGUCUGAUGCGUCUAUGUGGGUGGAGAUCCGCAACAGCAAUGAAGGCUUAAAGCGGCUAUAUCGGAUGGAUCCACUGUUCAAGAAAGGGUCUGGGAAGUUCGACAAAGUGUACCUGAUCUGCAAGGGCAACGUGUCCGAGAUCAAGCGGUUGAACGUGCAGCUUGCCCGUGUGCAGUUGAACCUUGUCGAGAACACUGCAUACUUGUCGCGCGGUGUAGCGAAUGAGAACGUCUCCUCACUGCGGCUGAUCGAGGUGUCCCUUGCGGGGGACUCGCAGCAGGGGGACGUGUUCAACAUGGAUAAGUUGCGAGUGCGGUCUCGCGGACAGGACGACGACACAGCCACUGCGCGUUGUGAGUGUGCGAUACGGUUUAAGGACCACUUGCAGAUGCGUAAAUUGCAAUUCAAUGAGGAGGACUACAAGCAUCGCGGGAACCGUCUUUUCAGUUUCAAGACCUGUGCGAUACGGCGGACUUUCCAACUGCAGUUGUUGAUUGACUGGAUUGUCGAUGGCCAGACGCGGCAGAGUGAAGUUGUAAUCGACAACACGCAGAUAUACUGUCAAGUAAGGCCACAAAAUGAACGGCCCGUGCCAGCUGAGACCCCGGCGUACUUGCCCCGCUACGUGGAGCCACCGAUGUACAACGAGUCCGUGGACAGUAAGGCGUGA